UUUUUCCCCCUCUCCACCUUAUCAUCUAUAUUGCGGUGGUGGUCGCUCCAGAACUGUAGGUCUCUGAAAGAUAAACACUCGAUACAGUCACCUGAUAUGCUAGUAAGUUGUUAAACUGUCAUAAUACUACCUACAGUCAUCUUUAUUUGACAUUUCAUACGGCAAAUUUGACUUGCGUGUAGUUUUUCUUGCUAGUGUGAAACAUCAAUUAAAACUGACUGGAGUACUACGUUAAGAAAUAAGCAGUAUCAUGAGAUGGAUGAUUUUAUUGACAUAAACCCUCCUUUUGUUUACAUAGUUUUCAACAAGAAAAUUGUUAGUCAACAAUUUGCAGGUAGAGUAAUUAUUAAUUAGUUUUGAGUGUGCUGUACUUUGGAAAUAACAUGUAAACAAGUUCCACAAGUAAGUCCAGCCUACUUUGGAAAUAACAUGUAAACAAGUUCCACAAGUAAGUCCAGCCAAGUCAAAUUAUUCUGAGGGGACAGGAGCACUCUUCAAUAUGGUUAGGUCCUUGACCAAAUUAUUGUGAUUGACCAUAGACCAGUUCAACACACAAAUCUUCUGCACAUUGGAAUGCUUCUUUAUCUAGCGCCCAUCAUUUGUUUUCUUCUUGUCACGAUCACAAAGCCACAGCCAUGGUACCUAGAAUUCCAUUGAAGUAGACCAAGGCAAGAAAUUCACAACACGAAUGGUCAUGACGGUUACCUCGUUGAAUCUCCACCUUCUGCCCCUCUUCCUACUUCUCCUACCAGUCACCAUCAAUGGCGACUCCACAUUUAACAUCACCAACCGAUGCCCCUACACUGUGUGGCCGGCUGCUUGGCCAGUGGGUGGGGGGCGGCAGCUCGACCCUGGGGAGUCAUGGAUCCUCAACAUGCUGGCUGGCACCAAAGGUGGGCGUGUGUGGCCGCGCACGGGCUGCUCAUUCAAGGGCGGCAGGAACGGGUCGUGCCAAACAGGCGACUGCGGUGGCAUGCUCUCUUGCAAAAUCAGUGGCCAGCCACCCAUCACAACUGCUGAGUUCACACUUGGAGUGGGGAACACAACAGAUUACUUCGACAUAUCCCUUGUCGAUGGCUUUAACGUGCCCAUGGAUUUCCUUCCGAUGCCAACCAACAUACAACAGGGAGUACAAGGGUGCAGCAGGGGGCCGCGAUGCGCAGCCAACAUAACAUCCCAGUGCCCAAAAGAUUUGAAGGCACCAGGGGGUUGCAACAGCGCGUGCACGGUGUUCGAGGACAAAGACAAGUAUUGCUGCAUCGGGAACAGCAACAACACUUGCGAACCCACCACCUACUCAUUGGUGUUCGUAAGGAUGUGCCCCGAUGCAUACAGCUAUUCCAGGGAUGAUAGCUCGAGCACCACGUUCACUUGUCCCUCAGGCACCAACUAUCAGGUCGUCUUCUGUCCCUCAAACGACAUUUCAGCUUCACCUCCAGCUACAAAUCCUCAUGCACCUACUGGUACUGGGUCAUUAUCCUUCACAAGAAGCAGAGUUUUAAGUGUGGUUCUAGGUUCCAUAGGCAUUUUGGUAGUACUUGUGGUAUUUAUCACUUUCUUUGCAUAUAAACUAAGAAAACAGCGACACCAGGAGAUGCAGGAAGAGGAUGAAGAGUUUGGGGAGCUACCAGGAAUGCCAACUAGGUUCACAUUUCAGCAGCUACAAGAAGCAACCGACCAGUUCAAGUGCAAGCUUGGGGAAGGAGGAUUUGGGUCUGUUUUCGAGGGGCAAUAUGGCGAAGAAAGAAUUGCAGUUAAACGUUUGGAUCGAGCUGGUCAGGGUAAGAGAGAAUUUUUAGCAGAGGUUCAGACAAUCGGCAGCAUUCAUCACAUUCAUCUGGUGAGGCUGAUCGGUUUCUGUGCAGAGAAAUUACAUAGGCUUUUGGUGUAUGAGUAUAUGCCCAAAGGGUCCUUAGACAGGUGGAUCUUUAACUCACAUGACAAUGAUGCUCCCUCACUGGACUGGCAAACUAGACGCAAGGUCAUUACUCACAUUGCAUGA